AUGUGGAACGUUGGGCCCUGUAACAUGUGGACGUUUAAAUCAAUCGCCAGUAUCAAAGCUUUUCCAUCCAACGUUACAACUGGUGAUGUUUAUGUUAACAAUUCAACACCUGUUGAUAUUCCAACUAAUCAAUUUUUAUUAAAUAUUUUACUAAAGGAUUAUUCUCAACUAUAUUCAACAUCUGUACCUGAACAACAGGCAAUUAGUCCAGAUGAUGAAAAGCAAUUGAAAUCGUUGAUUAAAAAUAUUUUUUUUGGAAAUGUCCAGAAUGACUCAACCACUUCGGGAAAUACUACUCAAAUUGAAGUAUCAUUAAAUAUAUUGGGUGUUUUAAAUGUUUACAAUGGCGACGGAAAUGCCACACAUUUAAACGAAUCGAACACACGUAAACAUUUAACUGAAGUGUUAAAUAACGCAAAAUUAAAACAAUUUCUGUCUGAUCUCGUUGAAAUAACAUUCAAUAACACAACAACUGAAGAUAAUUCAACAACAAUUGACGAGAAUGAUAAUUUCGAAAAUUUUUCAAUAUCGAUCAAUGUCUUUGGCAUGCUUCAUUCGUUUAAUUUUGUUGGUGAUCGUCAAUUUACAUUUAAUACCAAUGCAUCACAGGAAGCAAGUUUCUCAAAAUUUUUAACAUCCAGUGCCACAGGACAAGAAUUAGAAUCAAAAAUGGAAACUGUAAUUCCUAAUUUUGGCUCAUGUACAAAUAGUAGUUCAGUUAGUUUUGCAUUUCUAUUGGAUUCAUUUAAUAAUCACGGUGAAUUACAUUUAAUAUUAAAUGAUACGAUUGAAGGUGUUAUCACAGAUCGAGAAAGGGUUCAGAAUUUUCUAUUUAAUUGGAUAUUUAAUGCUUUUAAAGAUAGAGAAGAGAAUUCAACCAUGCAGUGUCCUAAUACAAUGAUAAACAUUUUCUUUGCUAUUGAUUCGUUUAAUAAUGAUGGAAAUUUGAAUGUAACAUUUAUUGAUCAACAACAACAACAACAAAAUGUUACAUUAGAUGAACAAGAUGAUUCAGCUACGUAUGUCUAUUAUUUUGAAAAUUCAUUUAAUUCAACAAUAAAACAAAAACAAAUGUUACCGUUGUACCCUGUUAAUAAUACAAUGUAUGCAUCGGUUAUUGUCAAUUCAUUUAACGAUCGGGGAAAUUUUCAAUUAAAUUAG